GCGCCCCGCGCCCCGGAGCCAGUCCGCGCCGGCGAGCAGCGGGGAUGCUGGCGGCGCCGCGCCCCGGGCGCUGAGACCCCGCCGGCCAGACCGUGCCAUCCCCUUCUUGGAGGGCUUUUUGCCUGUCGGCUACGCUGGCCACGCUGAUGUGACCACCCCCCAUCUUUUUUUUUUUUUUUUUAGGGGAAUGAUGGGGAUCUUUUUGGUGUAUGUUGGAUUUGUUUUCUUUUCCGUUUUAUAUGUACAGCAAGGGCUUUCUUCUCAAGCAAAAUUUACUGAGUUUCCGCGGAACGUGACGGCAACCGAGGGGCAGAAUGUGGAGAUGUCCUGCGCUUUCCAGAGCGGCUCCGCCUCGGUGUACCUGGAGAUCCAGUGGUGGUUCCUGCGGGGGCCCGAGGACCUGGAGCCCGGGGCCGACGUGGCCGGGGCACAGGCGGAGCUGCUGCCCGACCGGGACCCGGACGGCGAAGGGACCAAGAUCAGCACAGUGAAAGUCCAAGGGAAUGACAUCUCGCACAAGCUUCAGAUUUCCAAAGUGAGGAAAAAGGAUGAAGGCUUGUACGAGUGCAGGGUGACGGAUGCCAAUUACGGAGAGCUCCAGGAGCACAGAGCCCAGGCUUACCUGAAGGUCAACGCCAACAGCCACGCCCGGAGGAUGCAGGCCUUCGAAGCCUCGCCCAUGUGGCUGCAAGACGCCAAGCCUCGCAGGAACGUCUCGGCGGCGGCCGCGCCCAGCAGCAUCCACAGCUCUGCCAACCAGCGAAUGCCCUCCACUUCCAGCCCUCAAGCGGUAGCCAAAAUCCCCAAACAAAGUCCACAAUCAGCAAAGAGCAAAUCGCCUGUAAAAUCUACGGAGCGGACAGCAAAGUUGACCCUAAACUCCAAGCACCACCACUCUGCACCCACUGCUCUCUAGUUACCCACCCAAGGAGCGCCCGCCUUCGGAAGCAUAAACGGAGAGGCUGCCUCACACUUUGUUUAUAAUCUUGGCCAAAUCACUGAUCUUUCAUUUCAAGAGAAUUAGUGUGACGUGAUGAGACAUUUUUUUCUAAUAGCAAGAUCUAUUUUUUUUUCCCCCUUUUCUUUCGGAUACUCAGAGCAUCAUUUCACUGACUGCUCAGGGGUUGGCCUGACCGUCAUCGAUAGUGAAUAUUUACUACAGAUCCCACUGGUUUCCUACUAAAAGAUCCAUUCUCUGCAGGAAAUGAGCAGAAAUCAAAAGGCUACAGAACACAAACUAUCACCGAACAAAACCCCCGUUUGGGGGCAAGAACAAAAUUAUCAACACUGCAAGUCAAGAAAGAAAGCAUUGUCUUAAAUAAGGAAUAAUAAAAGAAUUUUUUUUUAAUUUUCCCUUUCCUCUUGGGUUUUUGGGUUUUUUUUUUUUUUCCUUUUUCUUGGUUAUACUUCUUGUAUGGUGGCAAGUGGUGAUUUCGGCCAAUCCCUGUCAAUCCUGGGAGGUUUAUAUAAAAACAUUCUGAGUGUUCUAGAUUUCAGUGCAUUUUAAUUCAUUUUGCAAUUCCUGUAUAUGCCAAUGACAAAUUCUGUAAAUUGCUUAUAGUAUGUGUGAAAUAGCAUUAAAGUAGAUAGAGAAUGACCCUCAUGCAAGCUGAUUUUUAUCAUUCUAUAUAUAAAUAUAGACAUAUGAAUAUCUGUAUGUUGGGCCAUCGACCAACCCUUUUUUGAUAAAGCAUUUGUUUUUUCACUUACAAUUCAUACAUUGUGGGACUUUUGUAAUGCACUGGUUCACUUCCACAGGUUUGACAGUUGCAGAUGGUCCUGACUGCCCUCUGCUUCCUUCUGGAAAAUGCAUCUUCAAAACUGUAUCGGUCUCUGAUAAAGGAAUUGAUUGUGUUGUGUGUAUGCUGUGUUAGAAUUUGCUACGUUCCUUUCUCUAUGGUGUUUAUUCAGGUCUGAGGAUCUUUUGACUCUGAAGAAUGUAUGCUGUCUGGUUUUGACAGCCAUUCCUGGAUGGUCAUCAUUUUUAUUGUCAAAGAGCAACGUUGUUCCUGGAAAAUUUGCCGUGGAAAUGGGGAUGGGGAAGGCGAAGGGGUCAUCACGAUUCCUUAAAUUCCUGGAAGAACACUUCUCACUGUGGCUAAAAGCGCUGCUUCCUUUGAACCUUUAUGAUUUUGGCGAGCUUUGUCAUUCUGUUAUUUGCUGCUAAUUACAUUUUCAUGUCUCCUAAUUAAAGAUUAAACUUUGGUUGUUGGCUAAAUCUGGUAUGCAAAAGAUGACUGCAGAUCUCUGACUAAAGAAGACGGUGUGCUCCAUUUUCAUUAGUUGAGCGAAUUAUAACAUUAAACAUUCCAAUCCUAUUUUUGGUGUUAUGGUCAUUCAGACUAUUUGAUUUAGAACCUGUUCACUACUCUGGCAAAGAAUGAUAAGCAGAAUUCUCAGUGUGUUCCAUACGCACUAUGGAAUAGACACACAGACACAGAAAUGACCUAAGUUUUCCUUCCAGAGAGAUUCUUCCAUUUUCUUUCAUAACAAACCAGAAGAUCAUCACUGUAGGACUGUCAGUGGGAGCCUGAGGUGCUGGACUGAAGCUUGAAAGCAAUGAAUACCUCUGCUUUUCAAAGGUAAAUGCGUUGAUUUUCUGCAAGUCAAUUACAAGCAAUCUGCAUAUUUUCGUAAUAUUCUUGACAUCAUCUUCUGAGAAAUAAUGUUCCAUGCUGAAUCUUUUAUUAGCAUCUUUCUUGUUCAUUUGGUUUAUUAUUUCAGUCUAAUGAGAAAAAUAAAUAAAAGAUGGAUUGCACUAUUUUAUUAACCUAGAAAUUUAUUUUCUUUCAAAGUUGAAUGCUUAAAAUACAUAAAAUACAAAGAUAAAUAUUAUUUAUUAAUGCCUAUCUGGACUCUAGACACUGCAUACAUUCAAGCAUAAAUUAGUGUUACAAAUUCAAAUCCAGCCACACUGGGAAAAUUCACUGUGUAAUUUACUGUGUAAAAACCCAAAGUUGAGGUCAUGAAAUUGGUCAGUUCUAAAACAAGACAGCCACGUAUCUUUAUCACUGAUGCUCACCAUUCUCGCUCAUAAUAAAGGCCAUUGCACAGGCUUGGGAAGAAUUUUAUUAGACUCACACUGUCAGGGUCCUAAAUAAUGAAGAUUUCUUUGUCAGAGCACCACCAAGAGUCAGACUCACUGGCUUCUUUGAGAAAGAACAUGGCAUACAGUCUAUUCCUCCAAACUGGAAAAUUUAAUGUGGAAACUUCAAUAUUGGAACAGAAGACAUAACCAAUUAAAGACACGUCUAGUGGUUUUCACCUUAAAUUGUGUGCCUCUGGGAUUUUAUUACCCUGUAUGUAACCAUGACAAUAGAAACAAAUAAAGCUUGAAAAGUA